CCACACAGCUAGAGAAGGCAGGCGGGCAGGCGGGCAGGCAGCAGAGUCUUACAGGAAGUGAUCUCUGAGAGCAGUAGGCAAAGGGCUUGGAACUACUGGCAUCAGAGAAGAUGUCCAGGACAUCAGGGAGGCACUUACUAGACACAGAGCCUACUAGGCUGCCUGGAGACUUCAACUGCCCAGGGCUCACACUCAGGCAUAAGCACACAGCCUCUGGUGAGCCUUAGACAAUGCACGAGCGUACCCUGGCAGUCUUCUCCACAGAGGCUUACUCUUCUUUGACCCUUGACUCCCAUACUCAAUAACUUAGGCUAACAAACCCCUCAGAUGCUCAGUUUUCUUCUCUAAAUAUGCUAACGUUACUAGUCACCCCACAGGAUCACCAGCCUCCAGCAGAGGCAGCUCCCCCGGAAACACUUUGACAAACCCUCCCACGUACUGCAUCUGCACCCCACCAGAGGCUCUCCUCAUAGCAGAAAAGCCCAGGAGGUGUUCAGGACAGCUUCCACCUCUCAGUCUCAGGAAGAAGGUUGUGUAUUUACUGAGCUAAGUGAGAUGAGGAAGUUUCCCCCCAAGCAGUCUGUGGUCCAAUGUCCCUGCUCAGCAUGAGGAGUUGUCUAGAAGCAGUGGGACCGGAGCCCUUCAUGUCCUGUUCUGUCCCUGGUUCUGAGAGACCAGCAUAUGCUGGCCCAGCAAAGGGAUGAGCACCACCAUUUUCUCCUGCAGUUGCAUCCCCCCCCCCCCCCUUCUCUGUCCCCAUCCAGCCAUUCGAUACAGGCCAAGGGCCUGCUCUGAGGCAGCGUGUAUUAAGUGCUAAAACAGCAGCGGAGAUGCUUGCAAUGAGACUCCUGCCCAAUGGCUGUUCAUGAUCUGGGGAAGGAGCAUGUGAUAAUGGAACCCAGAGACACAAGUUCAGAUCCCAGCCUCUCCACUUACUGUGUACGGGCAUGGGUUGAAUUGUGUCACCUCUAUUCACCCCAGUGGCUUCCUCAAGAGAAGAGUCUUUAGUAUCCACACCUCAAGGCUCCUAAGGGAGGCAGCACAUGGCGUAUCCAGCCUGAGUUAGGGGCUCAGGAAAUGGACUCCAUGCCAGGGCCCUGUGAGCAGGCACGGGGUCAGAAAAUGAUAAAUGCCAAUGGUUCUUCCCGUAGCAAGAUUGUAUAUUUAUUUCAACUCAGCACAGCACUUUGCAGGUGUUUGCAAAGACAUGGUCUCUGGCUUCUUGAGUUGGGAUGAGCUUAGUUGAGGGGGGCCAACAUUAAGACAGGGAGACAAAGGCUAUAAGAAGACAAAAGUCUGAGGUAGCCAGGUAAAGGUGGGAAGGAUUAGGUAAAAUGAGACUCUGCUCAUUGGGCAGAAUGGGCAUAGAGUCAGACUGUUUUUCAUACACGCUGGUGUCUCCGGUGCAUGAGGCACUAGGGGAUCACAAUGGCAGGCCCAACCUGCAAAGAUAGAGCAGACCCGGCAGGGCAGGCUGCACCUUGCCAGAUGAGCAUGGGCAUGAGAGGUGUGUGGGUUCUGGCAGGCCAUGACUCUUUCUUCCAGAGCUGAUCCCCAGCCCCACUCUUGGUUUCUCUGAGGUAAAGGGGUUGAGAGCCAGCCUCAUUUUGGUUUUUCUUGAUGGGAAACAGAGGCCAAGGGGGCCCUGAGGGAUGGUGAGUGGGGUGCCAGUGGAAAAUUACAGACUGCCAGUCAUACUUCACACCCUCCACUGCUAGGAAGUUCUAGCAGACAAAGGGGAAGUCCACGUAAAAGGAAAUUUCCCUUUCUCCCCACAACUUCCUCUGUUGCCAUACCACCCGGCACUGAAGGAGCAUCUUGGUUUUCCCAGAGGCCACAGGCCUUUUCAUUUCCACGCCGUGAAGACACACAUGGAGAACCCUGGUUUGGAAAAUCCUCUCAUCAUGGCUGAGGGGACACACAUUCCACACGUGGAUUCACAUUUGACAGCUGCCAGGCUGUUCCGGAUUAGCCUUCGGUGUGUGGCUUGAUGCUGCCCAGAAUCACACUGUCUGGAUCCAGAAUCCCACCAGAGCCCACGGCAGAUACUGCCUGCUCUCCUUAAGUACCUGUGCUUGACUUUAACCCUCACAGCAACCCUGCAAACCACACAUCAUCCACUUGUCCAGAGUGGGAAACUGAAGCUCAGAGUCUGCCCUGGACCGUGGGGAGGGAGGACAGGAAAGUCAGGGUGGGUGGGCUGUGCCCUGGAUCCUAUUGGCAUUUCCCCUCCUGAGAGAUGCAGGCUCUGGAGCUUUCUCUAGGAAAAUCCCAAGGAGAAGGCAGUGGCUGCAAGGUCUGGGGCUUUACUGGGGAGCCACAGAGGCCAGGUACUCUGUGGAAAACUCCAGUGUGUGAUUCACCCUCCUCCCAUGCCCUCGUCACCGAGCCCAGCUCCCCUCCCAAGGUCCUCAGUGUCCAGCCUGGAAGUUGGUGGCUCCCAUCCCACUGCUCUGGCCUGGAGACACUCAUUUGGGAGCAGGAGCUCUAGCUGAGCUGAGAGACCAGGGUCUCCCUAUCCAGUAUGGACAGAAAAGUUGCAGUCCAUGAAGAUGGGUGUCCUGUGGUCUCUUGGGUCCCUGAGGAGGGAGAGAAAAGCAAGGACCAGGUGGAGGAUCGAGGCCAAUGGACCAACAAGAUGGAGUUUGUGCUGUCAGUGGCUGGGGAGAUCAUUGGGCUAGGAAAUGUCUGGAGGUUUCCCUAUCUCUGCUACAAGAAUGGAGGUGGAGCGUUCUUCAUCCCCUACUUCAUCUUCUUCUUCAGCUGUGGCAUCCCGGUGUUCUUCCUGGAGGUGGCACUGGGCCAGUAUAGCAGCCAGGGGAGUGUUACCGCUUGGAGGAAGAUCUGUCCCCUCCUCCAAGGCAUUGGCAUGGCGUCUGUGGUCAUUGAGUCUUACUUGAACAUCUACUACAUCAUCAUCCUUGCCUGGGCUCUCUUCUACCUGUUCAGCUCCUUCACCUGGGAGCUGCCCUGGACAACCUGCAGCAACCCCUGGAACACAGAACAUUGCGUGGACUUUCUGAACCACUCGGCAGCCACAGCAGUGAACCACUCUGAGAACUUCACCUCACCUGUCAUGGAAUUCUGGGAGAGACGGGUUCUGGGUAUUACAUCGGGCAUCCAUGACCUGGGGUCCCUGCGCUGGGAGUUGGCCUUGUGUCUCCUGCUCGCCUGGGUCAUCUGCUACUUCUGCAUCUGGAAGGGGGUCAAGACCACGGGCAAGGUUGUUUAUUUCACAGCCACUUUCCCCUACCUGAUGUUGGUUAUUCUCCUGAUCCGGGGUGUCACCCUUCCUGGAGCCUACCAGGGUAUCAUCUUCUAUCUGAAGCCGGACUUGCUGCGCCUCAAGGACCCCCAGGUGUGGAUGGAUGCGGGCACCCAGAUCUUCUUCUCCUUUGCCAUCUGCCAGGGGUGCCUGACAGCCUUGGGCAGCUACAACAAGUACCACAACAACUGCUACAGGGACUCCAUCGCCCUCUGCUUCCUGAACAGUGCCACAAGCUUCGUGGCUGGCUUUGUCGUCUUCUCCAUCCUGGGCUUCAUGUCUCAAGAGCAGGGCGUGCCCAUUUCUGAAGUGGCUGAGUCAGGUCCUGGUCUGGCCUUCAUUGCCUUCCCCAAAGCCGUGACGAUGAUGCCUUUGUCCCAGCUGUGGUCCUGUCUUUUCUUCAUCAUGCUCCUAUUUCUAGGACUGGACAGCCAGUUUGUCUGCAUGGAGUGCCUGGUGACUGCCUCCAUGGACAUGUUCCCCCAGCAGCUCCGGAAGAGCGGGAGGCGUGAGCUGCUGAUCCUGGCUGUUGCCAUCGUGUGCUACUUGAUGGGGCUCCUGCUUGUCACAGAGGGCGGGAUGUACAUCUUCCAGCUCUUUGACUACUACGCCUCCAGCGGCAUAUGCCUGCUCUUCCUCUCCUUGUUUGAGGUGAUCUGCAUCGGCUGGGUAUAUGGGGCGGACCGUUUCUAUGACAACGUUGAGGACAUGAUUGGCUACCGGCCAUGGCCCCUGGUGAAGAUCUCCUGGCUUUUCCUGACCCCUGGCCUUUGCCUGGCCACCUUCAUCUUCUCCUUGAGCAAGUAUACACCUCUCAAAUACAACAAUGUCUACGUGUACCCUUCUUGGGGAUACUCCAUUGGAUGGCUUCUGGCUUUCUCCUCCAUGGCCUGUGUCCCACUCUUCAUCAUUAUCACCCUUCUGAAGACCCAGGGUUCCUUCAAGAAGCGCCUUCAAAGACUCAUUACACCCGACCCCAGUCUGCCCCAGCCAGGGCGGCAUCCACCUCAGGAUGGCGCCUCUGCUCACAACUGUUCUCCCUCGCCGGCCAAGCAAGAACUCAUUGCCUGGGAGAAGGAAACACAUUUGUAGGAUGUGACAAAGGCCAGGUGACUCCAGAGCCAGGGACCUGGUCAAGGCUACCUCCUCCCAGGGAUAACCUCUGAGACCUUGGAGGUCUCUGGACACCCCUGCCGGGGGCCACUCUUCUGUUCAGCUGGAAGAGCUUGUCACUGUCUCAGACUUUCCCACCUGCGCGCCAGGAAACUGUGUUUGCCAUGUGCUUUGAACUCAAGACCCUGACUUUUGGGAUAAAAAACAACUAAGAACUGGACAAAGUGAUGUUUUCAAGUUCACACAGCUUGUCAGAGCCUCAGACCCGCCGGUGCUCCUGUGCCCGGGCUUCUCCAGCCUCACCCCUGCCUCAGCUAACAAGCCUGUAUGGAUCACCUACCACGACACCCUGCCUCUUCCUUGUCUCCCUCCACUGCAGCUGUGUUGUGGGAGGGAGGUCACCUCUAGCAGGUGCACUGGAAUGGGGAUGUGGUUUGUUAAGUCCGUUUUUACCCUCUACCUGCCAGACGUCUCCUUCCAGCUUUCUAUGUUCUCUUCCUGGGGGGCAGGUCUGCAGCAGCAAGGAACAGUUCUCUCCCUCUCCCUCCCUCCCCCCUCUCUCUUACACACACCCCUCCCUCUUUUCCCGACUCACUUUUCCUCUGGUCUCUUCCCAACCAUUCCUUCCUACUUGCUAAAUCCUAUAGCACACAGCCUCCGGCUUCUGAGGCGUCCAGGAAGGCAGGAUGUGGAUGAGUUCAUGGUGGGCCUUCAGAAGGGAAGGGACAAGAGGGGAGAGGGCACCCAGGAUACUGGGCACGGGACCUCACCACCAAGAAAGGCUGCAUAGAUAAACAUCACCCAAAGACUGUCCCGUGGCCAGAGUAACAAUCCACGGCCUGACCAGGAUCAGCCUGACCUCCGUUCAGGAGGCCUCCAGGCCAUCCUCCCAGCAUCCCCACUUUCUCCCAGCUCUGCAAGUCUUCUCUUUUUGAAAAGAAACCUCCGUGGACUCAGAGUUUCUCAGCUGCCCUGGCUCCUGGCAGCGCCUUCUGUCUCCUUCUAGAUUGCUAUGUGCAUCUCGUUGGACCAGCUAGGGAGGAACUAGGAGGUCCAAGAGAGGAUUCUUAGAAACCACUGCCCUGGGUGCUGUGACGGAGUCCAGGUUCCUGCUGCAGGGCCAGUAUGGAGCUCUUUCCCGCCCCCUGGUGGCAGAGGAAAGCAGUACCCCCCUUUUUUAUUUUCCAGAACAGACUAGAGAGUCUUAGAAACCAAGCCAGCUGCCUCACUGGCACUCUGGUCUGCCGCCUGGACAGUGGAAGGUAAACUGUGUGGACACUCCCUCCUAAGGACUUGGAAGACUGCUGGCUCCCUUGUGUUCUUCCUGUCUGUGUCCUUGGCCACCUCCAGGCCGCGCUCUUGCCUGCUCUCCACUCCUCACUCUGAGGCACUGGCUGCCUUUGCCUCUGCUAUUCUCUUUGCUCACACGUGUCUGCUCCCUGGUGACCAAAUCCACGUGGCUUCCUUGUUGAUUUGGCUGCUCAGUGAAGUAACAAGGGCCGAUUGGAUCUGACAGGGAUGAAAAGCUUGUUAACUACCCAAGGAGAAAGGUCAGGGAGGGCGUAUGUGUUUGGGAAACAAAUACAGUUGGCAGGAGCCCGACCCGUCAGGUCAUGUUGGAUUGAGGUGGGCUAAUGCCCCAGGCCCAGCAUCUUGAUCCCAGCUCUUGCGAUAAGUGGGGUUGGCUCUCUCAUCUGGCCUGAGGAGUCUGUGUGUAGGUUAGAAAGGUAAGCAUAGAAUUGCCACAGACAGACAGAAUGCCCGAGCCCGAGCCCUUAGAGGCCAGGUCUGUCUGUAGGAUCAGCGUCCAGUCCCAUUGCUGUGACAAGAGUCUGCUGGAGCUGACAGGGAUACAGGAUAGACACCGGCUUGCUCUGUCCAUCUCAGCAGCAUGAGGACGGAGCUGUAUUAGAACCCAAGGCCCGACCCUGAGGCCAGACCCUAUAAACACUCCUCUUCACUGGGGCAGACCUGUUCUGGCAGGAUGUUCAUCCAUGGAGUAAACAAAGGGGCCUCACUUUAUCCUGUCUGGGUCAGGUCUCUACAGAAGAGGCGACAUUUGUUCUGCUGUGGAGAGAAGGGUCACGGGGGACACAACAGCUACUAGGACAGCCAGCCAUCAAGAGACCUGAGUUCUCUGCCUUAUUGUAGUCUCAACUUGAUUCUUUUGGGCUUUUCAGAUAGACAGUUGGGUGUCUGGAACUAUCACCAUGUUUUCCCAAUCGCUGUUCUUUGUUUCUUUUCUGUCACUCACUGGCCUCCUUACCACCGUUGACAUUUCACCACUGCGUGAGGUCAUUGAUGUAGAUGCUUGAUGGGUGACAUUAUUAAGUGGUGUGAAGUCUCA